AAAUAGAUUCACUAACGCAUUAUUUCGCUGAUCGUUAUCCGUCCGAGCAGUCAAUUUGCUUUAGCCAAGAUGAUUCCUAGAUCAAACAUUCAAUUCGUAUUUACUCUGACGGGAUUUCUGCUGCCGUUGGUAUCCUCCGUCCCUUACAAAGCCGACCAAGAUGUCCAACCAACCCAGCAGUUGGCACCAUCGUCGAAAGUAUCAGUUCCAAAGUUCGGCGACGUGCCUACAAAUCGAGUCCUUCCCGUGGAUCACUUGACCCCCGCAGAUUACGAAGACAUUCAAGAGAGCAAUAAUGAAGUUGGGGAUACAAAUCGAGAAAAUUGUGCACGACUGUUUCGAGCAGAUUUUAUUAAGUCUGUGAAAGAAGGGAGAAAGUCACGCCAAGAAGACACUGAGCAGGAUGAAGAGCAAGAAGGUUUGCUUGCAAGCUAUUUGGAUUUCGAUCCCACGAAAGUUGUCGGCCCAUUGUUGAAUAUUAUGGGUUCCGCAGCAGCCAGAAAUUCAACAGCGAUCGAUGAAAACUACAAAAAACUGCCACCCUUUGUUAAACUUCAAGUUACAGAUUUCAUUCAGGUUUUCAAUGAAUUGUUAAGAGAUAUACGAACAUGAUAAUUUAUUAAUAAAUCAUUAACUUAUGAAUCACA